UUGUGAAUUUUAUUUAUUCUCCCAGAUUUCUCUCCCUUUCCCUCUCUGUCUCUUUCAUCUUCUUCUUCUUCUUCUUCCUGCCCUGAUCCGUACUCAAAUCAAGCUCAGUCCCUUUCUCUGAAUCCGCCAUUGUUGAUUCUUCUAUCACCUGCUGGGUCAUCUCCAUUUUCCCUCAAAUGGGUAAAGGUGGUUCUCUCAGUGACAGUGUUCUGAAGAAGAUCAUUCUCUCUUACACCUAUGUCGCCGUAUGGAUCUUUCUCAGCUUCACCGUUAUCGUCUACAACAAGUUUAUCCUCGACAAGAAGAUGUACGAUUGGCCUUUUCCGAUUUCCCUAACCAUGAUCCAUAUGGGGUUUUGUGCUUCUCUCGCUUUUCUCCUCAUUCGCGUCUUCAAGCUUGUCGAACCAGUUUCAAUGUCCAGAGAUCUCUAUCUAUCUUCUGUUGUCCCAAUCGGAGCUCUCUAUUCUCUCUCAUUAUGGCUUUCUAAUUCCGCUUACAUUUACCUCUCUGUCUCCUUCAUUCAGAUGCUCAAAGCUCUGAUGCCGGUCGCUGUUUAUUCGAUCGGUGUUCUUCUUAAGAAAGAAGGUUUCAAGACGGAAACCAUGGUGAAUAUGCUUUCGAUUUCGUUUGGUGUUGGGAUCGCUGCUUAUGGUGAAGCCAAAUUUGAUGCCUGGGGUGUAGCUUUGCAACUUGGUGCCGUUGCAUUCGAGGCGACUCGACUUGUUCUGAUCCAGAUUUUGCUUACAUCUAAAGGAAUUUCGUUGAAUCCCAUCACUUCUUUGUAUUACGUUGCGCCUUGUUGUUUUGUUUUCUUAUUAGUGCCGUGGAUCUUCGUUGAGUUCCCAAUUUUGAAGGCUACAUCUAGUUUUCAUUUUGAUUUUGUGAUUUUUGGCACUAAUUCCUUCUGCGCAUUUGCCCUAAAUCUUGCUGUGUUCUUACUCGUUGGAAAAACCUCUGCCCUAACGAUGAAUGUCGCCGGUGUGGUUAAGGACUGGCUCUUAAUCGCUUUCUCAUGGUCGGUGAUUAAGGAUACUGUGACCCCAAUCAACUUGUUUGGCUAUGGAUUGGCUUUCAUCGGAGUUGCAUAUUACAAUCACUCGAAACUGCAGGCUCUGAAAGCGAAAGAGGCGCAAAAGAAAGCCGCUCAGGCCGAUGAAGAGUCCGGAAAAUUGCUGGAGGAAAGGGAGAAUGAUGGAUUGGGGAAGAAGAACGAAUCUGAAGAUUGAAGGUCAAAUCAGAAACGGACACAGAUUAUAGCAAUAAGUUAAGAAGAAAAACAACAACAAAGAGAUGAAUCGAUAUGAACAAUUGGGUCAGCAGAGGAAUUUGGGAUUUCUUCUUCUCCAUCAGCUCAAAUUCAGGUUGUUUUUUCUGAAUUUCAUCAUCCUCCAUUACUGUUAGUAAUUUUAUUAGGUGUUUGAGAUUUACUUCUGUUGCUUGAUUACAAUGCUGACAGCCAUUGAUGGAUCUUCUAAUGUGUUUUUGUAGAACUAGAGAAUCUCAAAUGCCAUUUUUUUUUCUUUUCUUUUUUUGCUUUCUUCACAGUAUCAUCAUCUUCCCCUUUUUCCCAAUUUCAGUUUUUCUUUAGAAACCUUUUUUUAUUCAAUGAAUGUUCAGUUCAGUGGUUAUUUAUUCAGAUUAGGAGUUGUAUUUCGUUGUUCUUUUGUUAAUGUCUUAUGAUACUUUGGAUUAUAUUAUUUGGGUUAAUGGAUAUUGUGGUGUGAUAUGAUAGCAAUAAAGUUAUGUGUACUCUAAUAGUUCUGAUUAA